AUGAUUUACGAUCUUAAAUCACGUCUUAGAAAUCACCGCGCCCUAGUUCCACCACUCCGAGGGGUCGGCUUCCAGUACGGCUUCAACCAGCAACAGGUAGACCCCUGGGUGCAGUACUGGACGGAGCAGUACGACUUUAAGCAGAGAGAGAAGUUUCUGAACAAGUUCCCACAGUACAAAACGAACAUUCAGGGUCUGGAUAUACACUUUAUAUGGGUGAAAUGUGGAAAGGUGCCUCCUGGUGUGACCUGCGUGCCCUUGCUCAUGUUGCACGGCUGGCCGAGCUCUGUGCGCGAGUUCUACGAAGCUAUUUCUCACCUGACUACGCCGACCGACGGUAUGGUCUUCGAAAUUAUAGCUCCGAGCUUGCCGGGAUAUGGCUUUUCAGAUGGAGCAGUUCGUCCUGGGCUGGGACCAGCGUACAUGGGAGUGAUCUUCAAAAACCUGAUGAAUAGACUCGGGCACAAGAAGUUUUACAUCCAGGCCGGCAACUGGGGUGGUAUCGCCGCCAACGCAAUGGUCACGAUGUUCCAGAAGGAAGUGUUGGGUCUUCAUUCCAAUAUGCUUAUAAUAUUAGAGAAGAUUGGCGUAGAGGUGCAAACCAUAUUGGCCGGUGUGAAGGCGGCCAUGCAGAUCCAGUCCAAUGAAUACGACCCGAUAUUGGCGUUAGUCGUCGAGGAGACAAGUCAAAUACAUAUAUUGGCUACUAAGCCCGACACUGUAGGUAUUGGCAUCUCAGAUACCCCAGUUGGUCUGAUGGCGUUCUUAUUGGAGAAGUUUUCGUCGUGGGCGCGUUUAGAGGACCGCUCGCUAAAGGAUGGCGGUCUCACGCUCCACUUCACCAGAGAACAAUUGAUCGAUAAUCUCAUGAUUUACUGGAUUAGCAACUGCUUCACCACUGCAGGCAGAUUGUUUGCUGAAGCUUUCAGCAAUGCGUACCGAAUCUUAAGAAUUGAUGAUUUCCCUACUGAAGUACCGAUCUGGAAGCUAGAAGCGAAAAAUGAGAAGGUCUUCGUCCAACCACUGAACAUGAAGAAGUACCCUAAUCUGCUUGGAGUAACAAAAACAGAAGAUGGCGGCACCUUCUUCGCCCUCGAGCUGCCCAAAGUCUUCGCUAAGGAUGUCUUCAAGGCCGUCAAAGCUUUCAGAAAAUUCCAUGAAAAAAAUAAAAUUUGUAAAUAUUAA